UCUCCAAACCCUAGCGUUGUAAGCACUUGCAUUUUUAUCUCUUGUAGGCGACUGAGGCAGCUGCCGCUGUGUUGCGCGAGAUCUUGACAAUGGCGACUGCGAAAACUGUCAAGGAUGUCUCUCCUCACGAAUUCGUUAAAUCCUACUCAGCUCACCUUAAGCGAUCCGGGAAGAUGGAGCUCCCUGAGUGGACUGAUAUUGUCAAAACUGGUGUGCUCAAAGAACUUGCUCCAUAUGACCCUGAUUGGUAUUUCAUUAGAGCGGCUUCCAUGGCUAGGAAGAUUUAUUUGAGGGGAGGUCUUGGUGUGGGUGCCUUCAGGAGAAUUUAUGGAGGAAGCAAGAGGAAUGGAAGCCGCCCACCCCAUUUUGGUAAAAGCAGCGGUGCUAUUGCUCGUCACAUUCUUCAGCAGCUGGAGAAGAUGAACAUUGUUGAGGUGGAUCCAAGGGGGGGAAGAAGAAUAACAUCAAGUGGCCAGCGUGAUCUCGACCAAGUUGCUGGGAGAAUAGUUAUGGUAGCGCAGUAGAUUGGUUGAAAGUGUUGAGACUUUGUGUUUUAGCUUGAUGCAAACUUUACUAGAAAUGAAUCGAAUCAGAACAAAUUUUGGUUGAACAAGUUGGUGGUUUCGAGUUUGUAUUGAUUUUUGGCUAUUUAAAGAUGGAUCUAGUUUUAAUUCGGUUUUGUUAUAUAUAUAAAUAAAUUGUCAUA